UGCCUCGACUCAAUCACCGCAAAGCGAGAACGGGAUGUCAACGCUGCAAAGCUAGAAAGGUCAAAUGCGAUGAGGGCAAGCCCAAGUGCUUGGCUUGUGCCCGACACAACGUUCCGUGCGAAUAUGUCGACCCUCAACCGCGCCGCUCGGAGGGCCAUCAGGCGCCAUCUCAUUGCCCAGGAUAUGGCGCUGUAUACCCUCCGAGUGCACGUCAGGUUGCCGCCAUACACAAUCCAGUGCUGGCGGGCGAGCUGAAGCUGGAACUGCGGCUCAUGCGCGAAUGGAUCGUUGAGAUAUGCCCCAUUCUUGCUGCAGAUGUCACUUUCUGGCAGAAGCAAGCGACCGAUCUCGGCUUGGAACACCGCAUUGUACUGGACGCCAUGUUCAGCUUGUCCGCCCUUCAUCUCUCUUGGCCACUCCGAGGUCUCGCUAUCUUGGAUGGCGCGAAUCACAACGUCUCAUCAAGGCGAGAUAUGUUGAUCGUGGCGCAAAAGUACCUUCAGCGCGCACUGGAUGGCCACGGUGUCGCCAUGAACGCUCUCAACGCGGACAACGCCAAGGCUGUAUACGCAACAUCUGUGCUCCUGCUGUACUACUCAUUCUUCAAUCUCGGUGAGAUUGCGUAUGAGCCUACGCUUCCAGGCUACGAUCACACCUUUUGGACUCGACUUUCGGGGCAUACCCAUUACCUGUGCGAGCAGUGGGCGGCUAUGGACCAUGGCGAACAACUUAUGGCCGAGUGGGGUGUAACAUUUGGCCGGCCUCCGCUGCCAGAAGCAGAGGAGCUAUUCAGCCAUGAACAGAGCCGUGUACCAACAGAGCGUGGCAUACCUGGCCUUUGUGCACAGAAGUAUUGUUCAGGAACUAGACGCGCCGUUGAUCAAUUGCCAACGACUCGUUGCCAUGCCUUCUCAGCUCGGCAGGCAAUUCACCGAACUCAUCGAACAGAGAGCACCAAGGGCAUUGCUACUGCUCGCACACAUAUUUGCUAUGACAAAACUGCUAUCUGAUCAGGUACCAUGGUUGCGAGGUAUCGCAGAGAGACAGGUUGCGCCAAUCCAGCAACAGAUCCCAUCAGCAUGGCAAGAGAUGCUACGAUGGCCAAUGGAGACGGCAUUCAAUCCCCCAAACGAGACCACCACUGACGAACAAGGGAACGACCAAGCAAUAAGAGAGAUGUUGCAGUACAAUACUGACGAUAAAGGUCAGCCGGUCUCACAGGGUUGAUACUUCACGCUCUGUUUAGAAGUGGUCUCGCCAUCCUGACCGUUACGAAUCGACCACAUUCUGUCAUGCAGUGGUGAGAAUGAAGCUGGUCGUCUCACUGGAUAUCUUGGCUUUUGGCACUGUACUCGGAGAUCAGAUUCGAUAAAGCCAUAGAAAGAGGAGGCAUCCGCUCGCCCGAGUCGCCGAGCGUGAAUGAUUGCCAACGAAAGCUUUCGGUAAGCUGGAUGAUUGAACUGCCACAUUUACACUGCACCAGAUAGCUUCAUGGGUACCACGCUCAGUGAUGGUUCUCUGGACAUAUCUAAGGUCAUCGUCCUUGGAGACAACCGCUUAGCAACAUCGAUCUUGACAGGCUUAUUACCACGCAGUAAUGCCGAUGCGAAUCUCGAAUUACAUCAAGCCGUACAUCCGCGGUCCUCGUCCACAGACACAGCCAACCUGACGAUCCACAAAACCGACUUUUCCUUCGAAUCGAUCAAGUCUCUUUUCGAUGAGAUCCACCCGGAUGCAGUCUUCACCACCUCCAGUGCUGGGUCCUUCGAGACUCAGAAAAGCAUCAUAGAUGCUGCCAUAUCGGCUGGAACACGACGGUUCAUCGCAUCAGAGUUCGGACAAGACAGCCAGAAUACAUUGUUGCAACAACGCUUACCACCACUGCAAGGACGAGCAAAAGUCAUCGCGUACUUGAAAGAGCUGAGUAAGGACGACGGGAUACAGUGGGCGGCAGUAGCCACAGGAUUACAGCUCGACCAAGCACUGAUCAGCGGCAACAUCGGCUUCGACCUGAAAUGGCAGAGUGCCACCAUUCACGGCACAGGCGGUGAACUCUUCGCCGCCAGCAGCACGAGCUGGAACGGAAAGAUUGCCCGCGCCAUCUUACAGCAUUGGAACCACAUCCACAACCAAUACAUCUACGCUCCAGGACUCAUCACCAGUGCCAAUGCCUGUCUGGCAGCUUUACAAGAUUCCACUCGACAGGAGUGGAUGCAAGGAAAAAACGACGUCGAGGAUCUAAUGCGAGAAGCCGAACAGCGCAUGCAUCGCGGGUUUCCUGAUGCGGGAAUGUUUUUGUUGGAAAAGAGCGUGCUGUGCGACGAGAGUCUGGGAGCUGUCGUACCUUUCGAGACGAGCCAUGGACGGGCUAUGCUGGGUUUACAACAGGGAGAGGAUCUUGCAGUCGUGGUCGAGAGGGCGGUACAUGAUUUUAGGCACCAUGGCAAGGGUGAUUGCGGCUGUGGGUAGGUAAGAUACCUAUGGUAGGUACUAGUUGAAGACAGUGACCUAUGACAAAAAAUGGCACCCUGCUGGUUUCCGCUACUAGGUGUUCGUUCUCUAGCACGAGAUGUAGUCUACUCGGUCCAUGGUACAUCUAACUAGUGAUUGGACGGUCAACACUGCAGACAGAAUAAUCAAC